AAUCAUGGUUUUAGCAUGAUUUAUGAACGAUAUUUUUUACUUGGCCAUAGAUAUAUGAUGAUGGUAGGCCAACAACUAUUUUGGGUCACAUCGGCGUCGCCCUUAAUUACUUUUACUAAACUUAAUUAUUCUCUCUCUCAUUUGAGCAUUUUCCCAGAUUCUAUCUCAGCCGUUGAGCGUCGUAGCUCAGGGUUUGUUUUCCUACUUUACUUUUUCGUCUCCACUUCGCCCGGUCGUCAGUCCAUUGGCACGUAUAUCAUCUUUGACAGCAUAUACAGUUUAUUUUCAAGUUCACUAGGCUAUUUCUAGAAAAUACCCUGUUAUUUUAGUACUCCACACGCCGUGGCCGAAAGAUAUGAUCAUUCACGUGGUUAAUUUUGAUUAUGCAUUGUCUGUUAGUCAGCAUAAGAGUUUCUUUUUUCAAUAUUUAUUGAUGAAAUCAAAGAAUAAUUUUGUGUGUCUUAUUGUUGUCUAGUGGAUCUUUGAUUUGAACCAAAUGUACAAACUUUAAUUAUGGAAACCAAAAACAUCAUGUAAAAAUAAGCCAUUAAAAUAGAACUAACCGAUCUACUUUUUUAUUUUCGAGUGUAUUAAUUUUUAACACUGGUGCUUUGCUACCUACCGCGCCUAGUGGCAAUUAAUUGCAUACACACUAGUGUAAUUAACCGAUUUCUUAAAUACAUUCAAAAUAUAUUAUCUAAUAUUUAUUUUUAAAAUUGCUAUUCUCUUUCCUGAUUUAUAUAUUUUGUUAUAUUGCGUGGUAGAGACUGAUACAAGACGGAACGCUUCACAGUUUAAUAACUCCUACACACUAUCGGCGGACUCGGACAGAAGUCCACGCGAGUCACAGUACAUUGCGUAAUUUGUUUGUGAGCUUUUUUUACCGCAAGGAAAAACGAGCAAUGUACGUCGAAACUGCCAAAGUUCGGUCUGUCUGCUGAUAGUGUAUGGCCGGCAUCACAACGAAGUCAACUGCGCCCCGUGGCGAGGCUUAUCCUCACAAUAAUUUACAGGGAGCGCUCCAAUGACAGCGAUUUAUUUUAAUAAAAGAAAACAUAUGUUUAUUUUCGGAUUCGGUUGUGAGGUCUAAUUUAACAUUGUAACACAUAUGUUUUUAAUUUAUCUGAAAUGAUGUAACUUCUGAAAAACUUCAGGGUUUUUGAAGGGUAAAGGUAGUAUUUAGACAAAGCAUUUUUGUAAAAAAAAUAUCAGGAAUCCGUUCAUAGUUAUAACAUGCGACAUUUCAAAUUUAUUGGAAAUUUUGAAGUUUUCUUCACUUAUCGCUGAAAAAUGUUUAUCAUAAUUAUUUUAUUUUAUUACGUUGGUCGGUUGUUUGUCUAUUUUGGUCGGUUGUAAAGUCAUAGCCGAAACUUAACGAAUUUUAAGGUUGAUUUUUUUAUACUGAUCCUAGUUAUUGGUGUUGUUACCGCGAGUGCACCCACGAAGAUUAAAUAUAUCAAAGGCCUGUAGUUUUUUAAGAGCAAUGAAAUUGGUUGAAAUUUUAUUGCUCUGUUUGUAGCCAUUAGAGCCCUGUCAAUUUGUAAAAUAAAUAUUUUUUUUAAAACACCUUUCAUUAGAAAACACUAAUAAAGAACAAAUGUUUUUUUAAAAUCUUAUUUAUUUAUGAUAAUUUUUUUAAUAAUAUGUAUACGAGCAUACUUAGACAUUUAUGGAUGAAUUAAAUCUUUCUCAGUAGGUACAUAAACGUGGAUCAUAGUAGUUUUAUAAACAUCCAUUUAUUUGAGUUAUAAAAAUAUUUAAUUAACGCCAUACUUAUUCAUAAAAUUUUAUGAGAAACGAACCAUUAAAUAUUUCAAUCACAUGAAAACGACUGUAAAUAUGCAUAUCUAGGUAGGUACUACUGAUUAAUGGCAUAUAAUAUAAAUUACACAAGUGAUUAUACCUAUACAGUUAAGCGUUGCGUUCGAGUUUCUCAAAACUUUGCUCUGUCUGCCCCGUAAGAGAUAAAGACGUGAUACUGAAUCAGUAUCACAAGUGAAUAGAUAACGCGCUUGAUUGGUUCUAUUUUAAAAUAUAGUUGCUAUUUCUUAUAAGGGUUGCGUUUCAGGAAUCUAAUUUAUUCUUAUCUGAGAUAAACCCCCGUCACGAUUGAGAGGGACUACAGUGUUUAUUUGAGUGUCGCCGCAACUACAUCUGUUUAGGAAUUAAUAUUGCUUUUAGUGUGAAAAUUUGUGACAAAAAUGCAAAUUUUGACAAUGAAUCUACUGUUUUUGUGCAUAAUAUUCCCAACAGUUUUGACCAUUAAUAAUAAUACGGACAAUUCAAACUUUACAAGAAAUGAAGACAUAACAUUUGAAAACACGACAAAAUCGGACACGCAUAAGGAAAAUCAAAAUACAAGUAUUAUAAAACCGAUAGCACAAAAAAAUAAUAAUACCACUAAACAUGCAAAAUCGAAACUGCAAAAGAAAAAUGCAAAUCCACUGGAUCCAAGGGACCUUAAAAAUGAACACAGGCCAGUGAAGCCUGUCCCAAGGGACCUCCCGGAUAUGCCUCAAGAGGCUGACUUGGAAGAAAUUACGGACUCCAUAAAUAAAGCCCUGGAUCUCUUAAUGGAGAAUAAAAAUGACAUUGAUAUCAGUUUGAGUUACGGAUUAUUUUUAUUAGACGUAAAUUUACAAACGAUCUUGAGGAACAAACGCAACACUUUGCCAUCUGGUAUAAGUUUCAAUUUGAAGAAUAUAUUGGAAAAGAACGACCAGCUUAUGAAGUUCUUCAAAAAUAUGGUGGAGCGAGAUAAUGACCCUGAUGACGCCUUGAGUAAAAGCUUGACCACACUGUUCAACCACGAGCGACUCUGGAUAUCACGCUUGGAGAAGUAUGAUGGAGCCCUUGUGAACGAAACUGUUGAGGAAGAAUUUAAUAAACUUGAAUACCAGUAUUCUUAUUGGGACAAAUACAGGGAUAAUGUGGGUGACUUCAACAAGGCGAUACCGCGUCCUGAUCAGUCUAACAGAUGUUUGUCAUAUCUGGCUAACAACCAUGCGAGUAAAGACUCAUGGAAGAAAAGAUGCAAAAUUCCAGUGCAAUGUAAGAAUCCCUUGGAGAAAGGGACGGACUACGGCUACGGGUUAACUCAUAGGUUAUUGUAUCUCCAACUGGCAUAUUACGGAUAUCGUUGUCAUGUGUUUUCUGAACAAAAAGAUAAGGACAUGCGGCAGAAAUUCUGCAAGAAAAUGUAUGCUGAAGCUACGUAUAUUAGCAUGAACGAUUAUGGUGUUAUAGACCUGUUUGUCGAACAAUUAUGUCUCUGCGCGCUGGACGGGCACUUCCAAUUCCUUCACCGCUCCUGGCUGCUGAGCAUCAUCAGCUUCCAGACCGACGCCGGCUGCUUCUCAGACAAGUCUGCAGAGUACCGACCGCGGAAACCGAAGUACGACAUCCCCUUGUUUCGCGGGUGGAAACUUGAUAAAGGCGAGAACCAGUACAUGUUGGGAGGACAUUGCAAUGUGCACACCACCUCCGCUGCUAUCGCUACUCUGGGCUUCGGCGUUAAAUACAUUUUGGAAACUUAUUACUGAAGCCAUAGGUGCGAAUUCUGUAUGACUUUAUGUCAUUGGUAUUUUGCUUUGUCCUCAUUGGUCAGUUUUGGUAUUCACUGGAAUUUACUGUAAUAUUGUAUUAACGAUUUAAUAUUAUAACCAUGCUUACUAAAAGUUGGUAUAAUUCGUUGUUAUGUUGAUUAAAUGAUGUUCUAGAAAAAAAUAUACAUAGUUACAUCAAAAUAUACGUAUAAUUGCUGUCAUAAUAA